AUGUUCAGUCUUUAUAAUCAUUUUAAGAAACAACAACAACAACAACGACAAUCAACAACAAAUAAUCAAUCAAUCAAUCAAUCGAUCCAUCCACAAACUAUCAAUCAAUUAAUCAAUAUAUCAAUCAGUUUAUUGCUAUCUACAUACACUCUACAAAAAACAGCAACAACAACAACAACAACAACAACAACAACAACAAAUAAAGAAAUAGUUAAACUUUAUUUGUUAUUGUUAUUAUCGACUAUACACCAGAAACUAAUUGAAUCCGGUGAGAAAGAACGACUAAAGAUUCUGCUACGUAAUAAACUGGUAGAGGCCGGCUGGCGUGACGAAGUUAAAACCUACUGUAGAGAUUAUAUAAAGAACAACGGUGGUGAGAAUCUGAGUAUAGAGGAAUUGAUUCAACAUAUUACACCAGUUGCAAAGAUACCACCACAAGUGAAACAAGAUUUAGUCAAGAGAAUCCGAAAGUUUCUUGGCCCUAAUAAUACUGGAAUUCCAGCGACACUUCCACCUCACUAA